CCUGGGCGGCGGGGCCGGCGGGAGCCGCCGAGCGUUGGCGGCGGCGCUUAGGGCUUCUCCCGGCAUCUCCUCGGAGCGGGGCGGAGGGGGGCGGCAGGACCCCCGGGUUGCGGGCGGUCCGGUCCGGUCCGGCCCGGCCGCACCGAUGGCCAGCGCGGACGGCGCCGACCCGGGGCCCCCCGACCCUGCCGCCCGCGAGGCCCGGCGCUGGAUCGAGCAGGUAACGGGCAAGAGUUUUGGAGAUGUGGAUUUUCGGACGGCACUGGAGAACGGCGUCCUGCUUUGUGAGUUGCUGAAUGCCAUAAAACCAGGUCUAGUGAAGAAGACCAACAGGCUGGCAGCGCCCAUCGCGGGUCUGGACAAUAUCAUCUUGUUCUUGAGAGGCUGCAGAGAAGUGGGGCUGAAGGAAUCCCAACUUUUCGAUCCCGGGGACCUCCAGGAUCCAGCAAGUAGACUAACAGUCACGAACAGCGACUGCAGCAGGAAGCUGAAGAAUGUUCUGGUGACCAUUUACUGGCUGGGGAAGGCGGCCGGCAACAGCCCCACCUUCAGCGGAGCAGCGCUGGACCUGAAGUUAUUUGAAGGGUUGCUGGCCCAGGAAGCCGACGGCCCGGACAGCCCGAGGCGCAGUGUCCGGGACAGUGGCUACGUGGACUGCUGGGAAUCGGAGUGCAGCGAUUCUCUGUCCCCCCCACGGCACACCAGAGAUGACUCCUUCGACAGCCUGGAUUCCUUCGGCUCCCGCGCCCAGCAGACGCCUUCCCCUGAUGUGGUGCUGCGGGGCAGUAGCGAUGGCCGCGGCAGCGACUCGGAGCCGGACCUGCCCCGCCGAAAGUUGCCCGACGUAAGGAAGGACGACAUGUCCGCGCGUAGGACGGCCCACGGUGGCGAACCCAAGUCCGCGGUGCCUUUCAACCAGUACCUGCCCAACAAGAGCAACCAGACUGCCUACGUACCCGCCCCUCUGCGCAGGAGACGAGCGGAGCGUGAGGAGCUCCGCAGGAGCUGGACCACCGCCGCCGCCGUCCCCCGUGGCACGGAACGGCCCUUCAGAUACAGCCCCGGGGCAGCUGGGCCUGCCGAUGCAGAGAGCAGGAGCAUGUUGGACGUGCGCAGCGAGGAGACGACUGCGGCUACGGCUGUGCAGCCCCACAGCAGGGCUCACCAGGAGAAGCUGCAGCAGAUGAACGCCCAGCUGAAGGAAGAGGACCACCAGUGGCAGGACGACUUGGCACGGUGGAAGAGCCGCAGGAGAAAUGCCUCCCAAGAUCUCAUCAAGAAGGAAGCAGAGAGGAAAAAAAUGGAGAAGUUACUGGCCGAAGGGAACAGGACGAGUGAGCGGAGAAAAAGCAUCAAGACGUACCGAGAGAUUGUGCAGGAAAAGGAGCGGAGAGAGAAGGAGCUGCACGAGGCGUACAAGAAUGCAGGCUCGCACGAGGAGGCCGAGGGCAUCCUGCAGCAGUACAUCGAGCGGUUUACUGUCAGCGAGGCCGUCCUGGAGCACCUGCACCUGCCUCACCUCUUGGAGCGCAGCCGCUCCACAGAGCCCGGCCUCUCCCCCUUUCCCUCGCCCCUCCCCUCCCCCUCUUUCUCUCCUUCCUCCUCCCCCUGCUCACCACUCCUGGAGGACCCCCGGCCUUGGAAGUACCUGCGCCAACAGUCCCUGCCUCCCCCACGCUUCACCGCCACGGUCCAGGCGACGGUCGCAGCCCCGGGAGCCCCCAGCACCGCUGGAGCUCCCAGGUCUCCCAGCGGAGUGGCUGGAGCUGGAGUGAUGUCGGCACUGACCCCCCGGCCUUACACCCCCCGGCCCUACACCCCACGGCCGGCUCUCCAGACCUGUAAGGAAGAGCCAAAGCCCGGCCCCGGCAGAGGAGCCAUCAACGGAGUGGAAGAGGAGGAGCCAGAGUGUCCAGAGGAAAGGCCGUGCCCACCUCUGAGCGUGUCUCAGCCACCGGCCACAUCUCCGGGGGACCCUACCCUAGCCCCUGAGAUCUCCGCAGAGAGACCAAGCCCCCCUCUGACCAUAUCUCAGCCGCUGGCCACAUCCCCAGGGGACCCCACGCUACCCCCUGAGAUCUCUGCAGAAAGGCCAUGCCUGCCUCUGACUGUAUCUCAGACGCCGGCCACACCCCCCAGGAACCCCACCGCAGCCCCUGAGAUCUCUGAGGAGAGGCCAGACUCCCGUGGAGCUCCCCCAGAGCCAACGGUUGCCACCACCAGAGAAGUGAAACCGAGUGGGCAGGAGGAUGAGACAGGUUGGAGACUGGCAGGGGAGCCCACGGCAAAACCCAAUUCUCCAGAGCACCAGCACUUUGUCACAACAGUGACAUGCACCAGCCCGACCGUGGCCUCGGUGGAGUUUUCCACUCGCCGCCAACCCCGGGACGCUGCCACCGCUGUGGGAAGACAAGAUGCAGCCAGGGGACCAGACACCGAAGCCUGCGGCCAAGUCCAGUUGGUGCUGUCGCAGAAGGCGGCAGCUCCAAAGUCCUCCGAACCUAAAGCCAGCGUGGUCUUCCCGUCUUCGCCCCGAGCGCCUGGCGUACCACAGCUCACUUUGCCCGAUUUGGAUCUGCAUGGGCCCUCCCUACAUAGGACAAGCCAAGGGGCAGAAGCCUCCGAGAUGAACCGAGAUAUGGAACAAAUCUCCUCCCUCCAUCUUCCAGCAGCGGAACCCAGUGGCGAUGAGAAGUCCCCACGUUUCAGCUUCGGCCCGUGGGACCCUGAGGAAGAGCGGCGGCGGCAGGAGCGCUGGCAGCAGGAGCAGGAGCGCCGCUUGCAGGAGCGGUACCAGAAGGAGCAGGACAGGCUGAAAGAGGAGUGGGAGCGGGCCCAGAGGGAGGUGGAAGAGGAAGAGCAAAGAUACUAUGAAGAGGAGCGCAGGAUAAUCGAAGACACGGUGGUGCCGUUGUCGGUGUCCUCAAGCUCUGCGGAUCAGUUGUCCUCCUCCUCAUCCACUGCGACAGAGGGACCCGGGACCGGGGACAAGGCAGUGCCAGGAAGCUGGCCCGAGGAAGAGCAAGAAGGUGAAGCCCGGGGGCGGCGGCAGCAGCAAGGGGCAGAACUGUUGCCAUCAGACGGAGCAGCGGAAUCCGGGAGCAAAGAGCGGAGCAGGGUGGCCACAGGAACCAACUCCCCAGGACUGCAGACUCCUCUGCCCAAGGAGAGUCUCCAGGAGCCCAGCUUAACCCUAGCGGAGCGGACAUCCCCUGGCCCAAUGCCACUGCCCCCAGAGGUAAUGUGGACUCUUCCACCUGCCACAACUGGGAAACUGGAAGGGGCUCUGCUGGAGAUGGGAGACAACCACCAGCCCAACACUCCUGGCGAAGCGAGGAGGAGGAACCCCGGAGAAAGGCUUAGAGCUGGACUGCCAUCGCCAGAUUCUCCCACGCCCCCAGGCCAGUCCCCCAGCAGGUCGGUCAGUGGGAAGAAGCUGUGCUCUGCGUGUGGCCUUCCCUUAGGCAAAGGGGCAGCCAUGAUCAUCGACACGCUCCACCUGUACUUCCAUCUUCACUGCUUCAGGUGUGGAGUGUGUAGGGGGCAGCUUGGCGAUGCCGCGCAGGGGACGGAUGUCCGAAUCCGGAACGGCCUUCUCACCUGCAAUGAUUGCUACAACCGCUCCAGAAGUGCCGGACAGCCCACAACAUUGUGACCCGAGUCCCCGCCUGCACACGGUCCCUUCCCACUCCUGGCCUCCCUACUGGGCUCGAUGCCCAGCUCUGCCCCGAUGCCUGUGACUGCACAUUUCUGCUGGCCGGUAGUUGCGGGGCCGGUGUGGUUCGAAUCGAAGGGGUCAUCGUUAACAUGGUCGAAGAUGCAAUAAGCCGUUCAGUUUUAACAUUUCUAGACACUAAACCCACUCCGUUUACAGAACUGUUCUAGCUCCUCGCAUCCCAGGAGCAUCAGACUAACGCCCGUGAAACACUAAAUGUCCCACCUGACAACCUCUGACCCCAAGUGGCCCCCCUUGGCUUUUUUUUUUCACAAAGGCACUGCUUUGGCAAUCUGCCUGAGAAUCCACCCGCAUCCACAGUCGCCUCCCCUUCAGAGGGGGAGAUGUCCUGCUGAUAUGUUACCACUCCAAGAGGGCUCUGGGGGCAGAAAGAGAAAACUGAGCUGGGCCAGGGGCCGACCGGCUGCCCUCCCCAACCCGGGCACGUGCCCAGGAGAGGGAAGUAAAGCCAUGUUUGUCAGCUGGGAAAAGCAGCAGCCCCAAGCUGGGGAAGACGAGGUGCAGACCCUCCCUCCCUUCCUCACUCCUCCCCUCCCCCCAGGCUGCCAUCAGGGAAGUGGUUUGGGAUCCGUCCCACGCCAUUCCCUGUUUAGUGUUCCAGCCACAAGGACUUUAUCCAUCUCCCUGUCGUUCCCAGAGGGAUCCGGCCAACUCCACUGACUGUUCCCGGGAUGGAGUUCCGCCAUCUGAGAGCAAGCGGGUGUCAGGGUCAGAGAGCACAGCCCUGUCCCUACCCCUUCCUUUAAAGGGACAGGAAAUCUGUUUACCGGGUCUGGAAGCCCCAGCAAAUUGAAUGCCAAGGAGGUCCUGUAGAGAAGGUGGAGUCCUUGGCCUGGCUGGGGGUGCUGUGGUGGAAGGGAGAGGAUGGGAAUCCUGGGGGGAUUUCUUUGUGAAUUGAGCAAUCUCUUGUAAGAGAGGGAUUGAGGAGUGAGAGUUCAGCUAUACGGUCAGGGCGGUCAGGCCUGGGGGAGCAGUGCUGCUUCUCUCUGGGACUUCUAUGUCCUCUCGCAAAAAUUGUGCCUUAGAACACAUGGGCGGCGGGCCAAGGAGGGAAGACAGCAGUGCCAAAAUGCACAGAACCCACCGCCGCCCUCCCUCGCACCCUGGCACUGAGCGAAGCCAACGACAAUGUUGCCUCCUCAGGCAGCAAGACACACGUGUGCUAUUAGGAGCCCCUGCUGCUGGCACGGUCUAUGUUCUAAUUGCCAACCGCUUCUGUCCGAUCCGCGUGGGCGGCCCCGUGGGGUCAGGUGGAUGCCGGCCUGCCCCGUGUCCGUUUGUCACCGAGCGACUACACCCCCUCUCGACCCUUCCUUGUCUCCCAUCUUUAGGGGAGGGGAAAAGGACCCCGUUUCCCACCCAGAGCCACAACACUGCUACCAUCUGAACCAUGGCUCAGCUCCACAGGCCUGCAAAGCCUGAGUUUUCACAGAUGUUCCAAAAGCGAAUUGUUUCCUGUUCUUGUGUGUCUCUCUCACUCCUCAGACCCCCAGAACUGACUGCUCUCCUCCUCCCACCCACCCCCCACUUUUAGGUACCCAGGGAGCCGCAACCAUCUGCAGGAGCCGUGAGGGCUGAGCCUCGUUUGGGGAAACGCCAUGGUGGGGAACGGUGGGCAGGGAGAUGCAUUUUCUCAUUUUUCACUAACCUUCAUUUACAAUAUUUAUUCUAAAAUGCCUCUGGAAUGAAAGGAAAAAAGUUGUCUAAAAAAUCAAGCGCUUUUCUAGUCCAUGUACAUUUAUAAAUAAACAGUGCCAGUGGAUUUGG